AUGAAUGAGGCUCCAAUUGGAGCAAUGGACGAGUUUGAUGUGUUUAUGUUCUUGAAGUUGAUGAAGGUGUGUGGUGGUGAUACACAUUUGGGUGGCGAUGACUUUGACAAGAUUGGCUUGCUUCAGAACUCAAGAAAAAUAAAGGCAUUUUUUGUUGAUCUUUUGAAAGACAAGCAAGCACUUCAGAGGUUAACAGAGGCAGCGGAAAAGGCCAAGAUUGAGCUUUCCUCCUUGACUCGAACAAAUAUUAGCUUGCCAUUUAUCACGUCCACAGCUAGUGGACCUAAACACAUAGAAACUGCCCUCACACGUGCCAAGUUUGAAGAAUUGUUCUCAGGUUUACUUUACAGGUGUAAGAGUCCUUCCGUUGAGAAUGCACUAAAGGAUGCAAUGCUGAGGUUCAAAGAUAUUGAUGAAGUGAUCCUUGUUGGUGGAUCCACACGUAUUCCUGCUGUUCAGGAGGUCGUCAGGAAGAUGACUGGGAAAGAACCCAACCUCGCUAAAGUGUCCUUCCGCAAGAAACAACAGCAGAGCAAAGAAGAUGGUUUCGUUGGGGCAACUGUUUCAACUUGUUCUACAGACACCCCCUCCUUCUUCUUCUUCUUCUUCUUCUUCUUAGGUUUCAGAGAUGGUUUCAAGGUAGCAGCAAGCCCGGUGAAAGAAACCAUCAAGACAUCAAAAGCUAAGAGGGCUCAGUUGAAGAAGAAGGCUAGGAAAGGAAAACGCAAAGUCGCUAAGGUUCUUGAAGAUAGUAUCAUCCCUCCUCAGCCUACCGAGAAAACGCUAAAUUUGGAAGCUUCUUUAGGCACACGAAUGGGUUUAAGGAGCAGUGUUAACGAGUGUGGAGACAGAAACAAGCCAAGCAUAAGUUACAUGAGGUUUGCUUUGGUGAUGAACACAGAGGUUCUUUCUCACUCUACAACACUAUCUUGA